GUCAAGUGACGAACUUAUUUACAUAUACGGUUAUUGUGCAACAAGAAGAAAGUAUACUUUGCUCUACGAGUACCUUUACAUCGUGCGUUAAUAUUGACAAAACUUGACGACUAACCUCACAGCUGGGAAUUAAGAGUAAGAAAAUUAUAGAAUAUUGUAUUACAGAAAAUAUAAACUUGUGAAAAAGUCAUAAACAUAUCAAAUUUUAUUUGUCCCGUAAAAGUGACGCACACAGAUCGUAGUGACAUUAAAUCAUUCUAUACCAAAUGAAAUGCGUAACAACGGAAAUUUCACAUCAAGUGUCAUGUAACGCAAGCCACUUCUUUUUUAAAAUACUUUACAUGUAUCUUUUUAUACAACCAUAUAGUGAUUGGUAUGGAGAAUCGUAUCAUCUGCUCGCCACGCAUUUUUACAUACAUAUGUAUUACCGCAGAAUGAACCAAUGACACUGCCUAUUUAUUACAAUUUUAGACAUUAACUUGUAAGAAACUAUGACUAUGAGAGACGAUAUACGGCUGGAAGAAAACACAAAAUUGAACAAGCUCCUCGAGACUGCUUUUAUAGCGAAAAUGAACGUGUUAUCUUGCUGUUUCAAAAUUUGUCAACUUUGAAGCUUUGAAAUAUGCGAGUCUGUAAACGAAUAAAUACAGCGAAUGCAGUACAUGAUAUAAAAAAGAGAAAAGAGAUAUUAGAAAGGACGCUGGCGUUUGAAAGGCAGAAGUGGCUGGCAAAAAAUAUGCGAAUACGUUGUUGGUAUCUAUACGUAGAUACGCAAGUCGCAUUUCUAGAACAAGAAUCGGAAACAUUUAAAUUAUCGGAAAGAGGUUUGUUAGGUUGCUAUGCGAAUAUCGAUUCAAACCGCGCGUUCCAUCGAAAGGGGCAUAAACCGAGUUUUACCGAGAAUUCUCGAGAAGAGUCGCACGAUGUGGAAUCUAGUUUCUCGACAAGUGGGCCUUGUCAUGUACUGCAGGAUCGUAGACGACCACGAUGAAUCAAAAGACAAAGGACAAGAAAGAAACAAGAACAAUUCGAGAGGACAUGACACGACGAGGAAUCAAAGAAAAAACGGUGAGUGAAGAGUAGGAAGAGCGAUGAGAAAAUGGAAGAUGUAAGGAGGAUGAGAAAAAUUAAAGCUGGAAGGAAGACGUUAUCUUUAUCGUCGUCGUCGACGAGGACGAGGACAAGGACGAGGACGACGACGACGACGACAACGACGAUGACGAAAACGACGAAUACGACGACGAAGGGAGAAAAGUGACAGAUUCGAGGAUAAUUUAGCAGCGGAUGCAAGUAUUUACAAACGAUCUCGUUACGUUAUGCGAAACGAAGGAAGUAGAAUUACGAACGAUAUUCUAUCGAAAUGGUGCUCGGGGCAAAGCAAUACGUUGAUGAGACCGGAACGCAGAAAGUUUAGACGCGUGCAUGGACUUGAGCUUCCGUUGCAUCCCCAACAAGUGACCGGCUGGGUGGUGAUCUUAAUUAUUGUGGUAAAUACGUUCGCGGUACUGACGCCGCUUCUCGAACCGAAUUUACGUCCGGUUUUUUCGAUCGCGAUAGCUGCUAUCUUUUUUACGCAUAUUUGCUCUCAUUUGGCGGUACUUUUAUUGGACCCGGCGGACCCACGCGUCAGAUCUCAGCCAACGAACAAGGUUUUACCGGAAUUCGACCGAGAGAAACACUCGCACGUGAUCGAGGACGGUAGAUGUCAUCUUUGCAACAUAAACACCGAAAGCAAGAGGACGAAACAUUGUUCGAUUUGCAACAAAUGCAUCGUUCGAUUCGAUCAUCACUGCAAAUGGCUCAACAAUUGCAUCGGAGCUAGAAACUAUCGCGCUUUUCUAGUUUGUUUGAUUUCCGCUAUUCUAGCAAGCCUGUUCGUUACUGGUCUUUCCGUCAUCGAAUUGUCCUCCUCUUUAUUCUUCGAUCGACUCUCAAAUCUGACAAUGGAGAAUAACACAACCGAUCCCGUCAUUCCCUUUAUUGUUCCUGCCUCGGACACCACUCUUAUAAUUGCCAUUUCCGCCAUUGGAAUUCUCUCGGCGAUCGUAGCAAUACUUUUACUUCAUUUAUGCUUUUUUCACGGUUACAUCGCCUGUCUCGGAUUAACCACCUACGAAUACGUACGAAAAAAAAGGGAGAAGAAUUCUGUCGCUGCCGCCGUCGCGAUCGCUGCAGCCGCCACUGCUGCCGCGGCUGCGGCCGCUGCCGCUGCCUCCACCACCUCUACUUCCACAAACACCACCAUCACCGCCGCUACUACUACUACUACCGCCGCUACACUCACCAAUCAGCCAACAACAGUUACGGAUGACGCUUCCACGAUAACCGUGCAGCAAAUAGUUGCCGAGUCUACGAGUACAAGGAUGUCAUCAGUUUCAGUAAACACGUCCGAUCAACUCGCCACAGAUUCUGCUACAUCUGAGACGAAUAUUUGGGAAAAUGUAUUAAGUUCUCCACGAUACGUAGUUGCACCAAUGGUCGACGCAAGCGAAUUAGCCUGGAGGUUGUUAAGUCGUCGUCAUGGUGCCCACCUUUGUUACACGCCAAUGCUUCAUUCUUCCGUGUUCUGUCGAGAUCCGAAAUAUCGACGAGAGGCUCUUACCAGUACUGUCGAAGAUCGCCCAUUAAUCGUCCAGUUUUGUGGCAACGAUCCGAAUACGCUAUUAGAGGCAGCACUUUUGGCAGAACCGUACUGCGAUGCAGUGGAUAUAAACAUUGGUUGUCCUCAAGCUAUCGCGAAACGUGGUCGUUAUGGUGCUUUCCUUCAAGACGAUUGGGACUUGCUUCGACGAAUCGUAAGUACUUUGAGCAAAAGUCUCCGUGUGCCAGUUACUUGUAAGCUUCGUGUAUUUGCGGAGAUCGAUAAAACUGUUAAGUACGCGCAAAUGCUCGAGACCGCUGGGGCACGAUUACUUACCGUGCACGGACGAACUCGGGAACAAAAAGGUCCGUUAACCGGUAUCGCGUCUUGGGAUCACAUCAAAGCCGUCAGACAGGCCGUCACAAUUCCAGUAUUUGCGAAUGGUAACAUACAGUGUCUGCAAGAUAUCGAAAGAUGUAUAGAGGAAACCGGUGUUCAUGGUGUAAUGUCAGCAGAGGGCAACCUUUACAAUCCGUACAUAUUCGAAGCUUGUUAUCCACCUAGUUGGGAGCCAGCUCUUGAAUAUUUAGAUUUGGUGGAACGCUACCCAGCCCCUCCUUCUUACAUUCGUGGUCAUCUUUUUAAAUUGUUCCAACACACACUUUGUUUAGCAGAAAAUAAAGAAGAGAGAGAAAAUUUGGCCCGAAACUCUACCAUGGAAUCCUUCAGAAACGUCGUAUACGCUUUGAGGGAUCGGUAUCUGCCUUAUCACGAAGGUCGUUUAAUUUGGCAGGAAGAAAUGUCCGAUCAUAAUUUAAAACUACCUCCCUGGUUGUGCCAACCAUAUAUACGUCAUCUUCCAGAGGAGAAUAUACAAAAGCUAGAAAUUGAAAAGAUCGAAACGCAAAAUGAAACGGUCAAGAGAAAAUUUAGAGACGAAGAAGGAAAUGAGAUAUCACGAAAACGCUUGAAGAAGCUCAAACGAAUAGCGCGCCGCCCCAACAGACCAGCUAUCAUUGUGAAAAGAGGAUCUGAUUUGUGUUGCGAUUGUCCAAAUCCAGUGAGUCACAAAUGUGUUCAUAAAUUAUGCCGACAGUGCUGUAGAAACAAAUGUUUCACAGAAAAUCUGGAUUGUGCCGGACACAGAAAUUUAACUAAAACUAGAAGACAAAUGGCGAUAGAAUUUGCUGCGAAACGGAAAGCUAUUCAAGAUAAAAUAUGACACUGUAUAAUAUUUUAAGUUAUAAAAACAAAAAUUAAAUAAAUAAAUAAAUAUAUACACUA